AAAAGGGAGCAAACACGAUCCCCGCUUUCAGGAAGCCAUACAAUGCCAUACGUUUAGUGUAGUACUACUCAAAGUCCAAGCUAUUUUUAAUCAAAUUUACUGCUCUUUCAGCCGCAGUUUGUAACCGAUUUGAUACUCAUACCCAGAGCUACAGAACUAAUCUUUGUUUUGUGGUACUUCACUGCAAUAAUGGCGGAUGGAGCUCGUAGGUUUUUACAGCUUUCAGCCACUGAACUGAAGAAGUUUUUGAGGGAUAGGCGCGUACCAGUCAAUGAUGAAAAACACGCUGAACUUGCUGAAAAAGCCUACUGGGCAGAAAAGCUUGAUUUGCAGGUAAAGCCUUCUGAUCAGAAAGCUGAGCAAGAGAUUUUAAAGUGUCAGCAGGAAAAGUUGAUACUUGAUGAUGGUUUAAUACGACUUCCAAGACCAGAGACACUUACAGACGGUUGGGAAGAUGGUCCUACCAAUCUGCCUGACACAUCCCGUGACCACAUUGACAGUUUCAUCAAAGCUGGAAACCGCAGAAUUGGACUGGUAAAAACAGAAGGGAGGAGAACUCUUGCGCUGGGCAAAGGUCUUUACAUGUCUGGUCAUGUACAGUCAGUACAAUAUCAUGGCAUCAACCCAAAGAUUUGCUACUGCUUCGUGCGAGGAAAGGUCGUUCCUCAGGUCAAGCUUUCUGAGUCGGCAUACUCGACAUGGCUAGUACUGCUGAAAGAGACGGGAAGAAUCUGCACAGCUGAAUGCAACUGUUGCGUAGGUGUACAGGCCACCUGCAAGCACAUUGCGGCUCUCCUGUUUGCUGUAGCAGAAGUAGUGGAGGAAGGUCGCAACGCAUCCUGCACGUCACAGCCUAAAGCCUGGGGCCUUCCGCCAAAAAAGAGGAUGAAAGAGGCUCUCCAUCAACCUCAAUUUGCUGAGAACAUUAAAGUUGUGGCAAUGAAAGAGGAUGUUAUGCAUCAAGAGUUAGACAAUAGUAGACCUUAUCGUUCGAACUUUGACCCUAGACUCCAUUGCCAUCGUGCCAGGCGAAAUAUCAAUGAUUUCGACCUAGACUGGCUCGCCUCCAUCACAAACGGGAACUGUGGUUUGUUAGCGUACACCAAGCGGGAGCCCAAUGAACUACAAUCAACGCCGAACAUUUCAGAGGUCGACAGAUACGAAGAGGUAGUCUCUUGUGAUUUCCCUUUGACUGUGGCAGAGGCUCUUCAAGAUCUUUCAGACAUCCAGCUUAUGGAAAUAAGUACCCACCAGCAACAGGUCAUCAUAAGAGAAACAAAACAACAGGCGAAAUCGAAUCUUUGGAAGAAACACAGAGUUGGUCGCAUAACUGCUAGUGUUGCUGGGGACUGUGCAGCAGCUGUGAGAAAUGGUACUAUCCAUGGCCACUCCCAAGUUGCACGAGUGAUGGGAUAUUAUGGAUCAGCAUCGUCUUCAGCCCUUCAAUGGGGAAAGAGCCAGGAAAAGGUAGCUGUCAAACAGUACACUGCUUACCAUCGACUCAAAUGCAAGAACUCCAAUACAAAGUGUGAGGAUACAGGCUUAUGGAUAAGUACCAAAUUUCCAUACAUUGCUGCCUCUCCUGAUGCUAUCGUCACUUGUAGAUAUUGUGGCGAAGGGCUACUAGAAGUCAAAAAUCCAUACACACAGCGAAGAUCCACAAUAACUGAGUAUGUGACACAGAAGGGAAGCUGCCUUGUGAGCGAAAAUGGAACCAACCAUCUCAAUCGACGUCAUCCCUACUUCGCCCAGGUACAAUUGCAGCUGUGGGUGUCUGGAAAAAAGUGGUGUGACUUUGUGGUAAGGACAAUUGCUAAGGUCAACAAUCUACACGUGGAGAGAAUCUUGCUCGAUGAUCAGUACAUGGAGAACAUCCUACCCAAGAUCCACACAUUCUUUCACAAAGGGAUUGUAUCGGAAUUUGCUAGCGGCCGAGUCAAGGACAUUGUGAUUAACAAUUCAGUGCAAAAAACAAUGAAAUCAAUGUUGGAGAAGCUUGAUGCACCAGCUCGAACAAUCAAGGAGGCCAACUUUCCAUGUGGCAUUUGUAAUGACGAAUGUGAGGAGUCACCACACGAUGAGGACAAAAACAGUAUUGGGUGUGACUCAUGCGACAGAUGGUUCCACUACUUUUGUGUUGGAAUCCAUGGAGAAGAGCCGUUCCUGAGGCGGAGGAAGUCAUCAUGGAAAUGCAACACGUGUUCCUCAAAACUGAAGGCAUGUAAACGGACCCGUCAAGUUUGAUACCUUCUCAUGUUUCAUUGAAUACUGUUCAUGAAAUUAAACACUUGUUUAGAUCUGAGGUGCCAUGCAAACCCAUUGUUGUUUAUUGCCAGCUAAAACCGUACUUCCUCAUUUGAUGGAAAUUUAGCCCGUUCUUCAAAACUAAAAAUGUGUAGAGGAGUCUUUAAACUUGCGCAACAAAAGGUUGUCUAUUUGAAUUCUGAUGUUAAAUCUACAUUUGAAGAAUUUCCACAUCUUACUAAUGCCAAAUAUCUUUCCGAAAAUGAAUUGGGAGAAAUUAUUGAUAUUUAAGAAAGGUAGUCUCAGAAAUCAACAGUAUUCAUAAUUUAAAUCUCCACUUUCAAGAUGAAUUGGAAGUUUGUUAUCUUGUACAUGUAUGAAGCAUAAACAUGUCCUUAUUUUUAUGAUCUGUAAAUUUGUGUACAUGAUACUGAUUUCUUUUCAUAAUGUAUAUGUAUGAGAAAGAAAGUAAAUGUUCAAUUUAAGACAACUAUCUUUCAUGGCCUUGUAUCUAUUCAUUUUUGUUAGGUAUGGAAAGUUUUGUAAUUUAUGAAAGAGAUAAAAAGAGAGAAAUAUCUUGAUUCCAAAAUGUAUUAAAACUAUCGCAAUGAGUGACGAUUCAGAAAAUAAAA